UUAUGGCUCUGCCUGUGCUUGUUUUACUAAAAUACUGUGGUUCGUAAUUUGCUUCGUUCCUUGAACAAAAAUACAUCUUUGAUAUUUUGUUAUUAUUUUUUACACAAUUUCCUUAAGUAUAAUCUGCUUGUCUAUUAUAUAUCCUAUAUAAAUCGUGUGAGAAAUGAAUCCUUGUUCCAUAGCGACACCUCAGCAGGAUACUGAAGGCGAUGGAAGGUGGAAUAGCAUUCACAACAGAUUUCUUUCUGAUGCGAAAGGAAAAGAUGCCGAUGUGAUCUUCCUAGGCGAUUCUAUAUUGCAAGCUUUAGAGCAUACUGAAGUGUGGAAUCAAUGGUUUGCACCACUACAUUGCCUUAACUUUAGUAUUCAUAGAGACCAAACUCAAAAUGUGUUAUGGCGUAUUAGAAAUGGGGAGCUGGAUCAUGUAGAUCCAAAAGUCAUUGUAUUGCAUGUAGGAACAAAUAAUGUAGAAUAUACAGCAGAACAGAUUUGUGAGGGUAUAUUAGAAAUCAUUCAUACUAUUCAAGAAAAGCAUCCUAAUGUUUAUGUAGUCAUACCUAGUCUUCUUCCUCGUGGCCAACAUCCUAAUUUAUUAAGAGAAAAGAAUUCCAAAAUAAAUCAACUUUUAAAAGAAAAGGUGGUCCAUAUGAAGAAAGUUGAUAUGGUAUUCAUUGAUAAAGGUUUUAUUCAGAGUGAUGGUACCAUAAGUCACCAUGACAUGCAUGAUUAUCUAAUACCCACAAAUGCAGCAUGUCGGAAGGCAUUUGAGCCAGUUCAUGAUCUCUUGCAUCAAAUAUUAUCUGAAGGAGAGCCAGAGAAAGAUUUGACACCUUCAGAAUAAGAUCCUUUAUGGAUCCUUUUCUAGCAUUUCUUUGGCAAGCUCAUGUGAUUAUACACUAGUACUUAUUUAUAUUUAGCUUUUUUAUUAUAGGCUAAGAAUUUAAUGUAACAAAUAAGUUAUUUGUAACUCAUACAUUCCUUAUUUAUUGUGUAUAGGCUGUGCAAUUUGGACUGAAAUAUUUCUGAAAAAACAUUGUGAAAUAUACAAAAUUAUGAAUACUAAAGAACCCAUAAUUAGGUGAUAAGGCAACAAUAUUUUUGUUAGUAAUGAAAUACUUAAAAUAUUACAAAUUGCUGAAUUUGAUAAAUACAGGAUAAUGGUAAAUGAGUGAUGCAAAUACAUGUUUUAUAAUUGCCAAUAAAUCAAAACAAAUCCUACCGCUGUGGCACAUGAUUUGGCUAGAAUCUUUUUAAUGUAUGGCUUUAAAAAUAUUGCUGCAUAAUUAGUUUGUAUUAAAACAGGGCCUAUAUUUUUUAUGAAUGGCAUGCUUAAUGUGUAAUUAUACCAUUAUGUGCAUUAAAAACUACUAAAACUUACAGAUCUAAGUUGAUGAUACCAUCAUUUUAACAAAAAUCACCAAUUUGCUUUCAAGAAUGACCAAAGAUAUUUUUUUACCAAAGCUCAAAUUUCAAUAUUUCAUGAAUGUGCUAAUUCAUAGAAAAUACUUUUAAAAAGAUCUCAUACUUCAAUAUGGUUGUUAACAUGUACCAAUUGAUAUAAAAUUUAGGUGACUUAAUGAAAUUUAUUUAUUUUGCAUGAAUAUUUUAUGUAGUGGAACUACAAUAAUUGUAAUUUCAAUUAAAUAAUUCUAAUAAUACUUUUAAUCAUUCCAAUUAAUCAGAAAGCUGCCAUGUAUAGGCUUAUUUUAUAACUACUUAAGUUGCCAAACUGCUGGAAUCUCAUGACUGUUAAUUUGCAUUGCAUUGAUAAAGCUUAAAAGUAAAAGUGCAAUUCUUUU